UAGCUACACUAUCUGUCAUGGAGGUAGGGGAUCACGGACAUGAAACUGUGUGUCCUCAAAGUCAAGAUCUUCAUGCUUCUAACAAUUGGCGGACCCUAUGCUUUAUCUGUUUGUUUGUACUUACAGCAGACUCAGUUAUACUUUAUGUCAUUUACGGGGUGAAACACAGAAGUUUAAGAUGGAGUUUAGAUUAUCUUGUAUCUUUUCUCGCUAUAACAGAUUUAGUCAGUACUCUAGUAGGAGUUCCUAUACCUAUAAUAGCAUACAUGCAAGGAUUCUGGCCAGGGAGUUGUACCAGCGGAGCCAAUCAAUCCUUUAGUACUUUUAAUAUUACAUGUAAACUUUUUUAUUUGUUCCUGGUAUGGGGCCGGCUGAGCACAAUGUUUAUCAUCACAAUGAUGUGCAUUGAGCGGUUUUUAGCUAUCACCAGACCCUUUGUACACAGAGAAAUUGUUACAGCAGGACGAUUACGGAAAUGUGUCUAUGGAAUAUGGACCUCCAUGUUUGUCUAUUCACUCCUCCCGAUAUUAAAUAUUGGUCAUGUUAAGUUACAUUGGAAUGUACAUUUAGACGCCGGAGAGACUACUACUUCAUCUGAUCCACCAUACUUCUUCUGUUUUAUGGACUACAGUGACUUAGAUGUUAAGCAGUCAAGUGGUUUGGGAAACCUAAUAUACUCCAUAAUAUUCGUGCUGUUCGGCUGUAUAAGUCUGACGAUAGUGAUAACGUGUGUCUUCUUUAUCUGUCGUAUUCUCCUGGUUCGCAGACCAAGGUUCAACGCUACCAGUAGCAAAAAACCGACAUCAGCCUCCAAAACAUACUCAGUGAAAGCGCCCGACGCCACCGACGAAGACCAAAAUACAGUCAAAAAUAAAGUGGUCGGUAAACCCUCCAUCUUGGACAAGAGCAAAUCUUUCCUGGCAAAGAGGCGCCCUCAGAUCAAGAAGUUUGAGCCAGAAGAGCUGCAGUUUAUUGCUCUGAUGUUGAUGAUAGCAGGGGUGUUCUACAUUACCUUUCUGCCGACCAUGGUUCUCGUUAUAUCCAACAUCGCUGGACAUGGGCUGAGCGAGAAUUUUACCUUCUGGUCCAUGAGGUUAACGUCCUUUAUAGUGGUAGUGAACCCGCUGAUAUACGGGCUAAGUAACAAGAUAUACCGUGUUGGCUGCCUCUAUGUCCUCAAAUCCUGCGCUGGUUUCUUCUGUUGCAAGAAGAUCCCCGUUCCUGAGCGUCUAGGUCCCCGUAAGUUGAUCAGCACCCGACAUCGCCUCACUCCUGUCGAAAAAGCAGCCCAAGACUUCAUCAUCGCCGCCAGCCAUAACAAGGGCGAAGCCAUCGCUAAGACUUUUGUCGGGAAGAUGAAGGUCGGUGUUGAAGGCAGGAGAUUAGAAACACUAAUUGAGAGCAGCAAGGAGCAGGAACACUGCCCUCCACAACCUAGAAGAAGUGUAGUGAACUUUAGAACUGGGACAUAUCUUAGGGAGACCUCUCAGGACCUGAAACAUGCUGACCUUUUCUUUAAUUCCCUUAAUUUCAAUUUUUCCGGGUCUGCCUUUAGCUUUAGAGUCCCUACAAAACCCAAACCAAGGUCACUGAAACAGAGCAAUAGUUCACCAGCAACAGGUUCAAGCACUGAAAGCUUGAUGGUCUGCAACGGGAAACAACAACCAGACUCCCUUAUCUUAAACAACCUUAUCGCUACACAAACUUCACUGUACGUUGCCACUGGCAAGUACCAGGAGACUUUCUUUGGUGUGGUCUCCGAGGCAGCAAAACUGGCGGGGUUAGGGUCCACUGUGUUCGUUAACCAUCAAACAUCACCAGUGUCUCGUAACCACCACACCUCAUCUCUAUCAGACGUAGAACCAGGAUUUGUUGAGAAACAGCCUGCUCCAACUAAAGGGUAUCUGAGAAAGGGGUUGAGGGAAAAGCUGGCCCUAAAAGCGGAACAGGCUCGAUUACAAGUGCAGAAGCUUGAAAGAAUGGCCAGCAAGGAAGAGGAAACUGUUAAUGAAGGUGUUAAUGUAGACUCUGGAGUAGGAUCUGACACCUUGGGUGGUACUGACAGUUUCGAGAGUGUAGGGACUGGUUGUGGGCCUGAUGUGGAUCAUGGAGGUGAUUCUGAUCAGGACAUCAUUUAAUUUGAUAAUUUGAUGUAUUAUGAAUCAUAAUUAAUAUCUUAAAUGUACUAUGCUGCAUGUUAUAGAGUUUUAAUAUAAAAAAAACCUGUUGACAUAUUUUGUAGAUGGAUUCAGUAACUACAUCAGCUUCAAAUAGAUGUUGUUGAGUAAAAUACCUCUAUAAUACUAUAAUAUAAAUGUGGAUGUUGAUUUGUAAAUUGUAUGAACAUUUUACAACUUAGUUUCGUCAUUGUUACAAAAAUUGUACCAAACAUUCUCCUAAAAUUGAAUGAACGCAUUUUAAUCCAUGUUCGAAGUGUUUGAAUGCAGUUUUUUGGGUUUCAAGUCGGGCUCAAACUCAGAGAUCCCACGCAUUUGACAGCAAUAGCAUCGUCUGAAUAACAGCAUGUAAUAACUGCAUUCUUACCUCCUCAUUUCCCUUCUUUCUCAGUCGAUGAUUGUCUAUCGUCCGGCAGUGAUUCUUCAGACUCAUCUAUCACGGACAUGGACUUAAUGGAUAUUGAUCUGGAUCCAGAACGUAAAGUUGAAAAUAAACGUUUAUCUGGCAUCAGCUUCAGAUCAGGCGCCUACAGGAUAUCCACUGACACAGCUCCUAUUGCUUCACGAUUGGACUUAUCAAAAAAACGAAAAAACAAGGCAAGAAAGAAAAAUGAGGUCCAAGACGUGAGUAAACUGGGUGGUUUUACAAGAAGGUUGUCCAAAGUUCUGAGUGUCGGUGAUAAGAUAGGAGAAAAAGCAUCUAGCUGUGAUACGACCCCAAUGAUCUCUGAGGAUAAAACUCUGGGUUUAAGGGGGAACGUGGGAAAUAGUGUUGCCCCAGCCCCAUUGAAAAAGGGGUUCACUCGGAAGGGUCUCCGAGAGAAACAAUCUAAUGAGUGAUGACAGCUGUCGUAAAAUAUAGAUUCUAGAAAGAUUGUAUAUAAUUUUAGGGAAGCUAUUGUUUACUAUUUUAGGGACCGGUUACAUUACUCCAUGGUGAGAUUUUGGCAAUUCG